AUGAAGAUAACUACAAGAAUUAUCAGUAUAAUUCCUCGAAGAUCUAUUCAUACAUCUAUACGAUUAUUAAAUAAUAUUACACCUUUAGAAUUAUAUGAUAAAAGGGUUCAAGAAGGUAAACUUAAAGAUGAUCCAUAUCAACGAAAAAUCAUUACUUCAUUAUCUAAAUUACACGAACAUUUGUCAGAUUAUCAUCCACCGGAAGUUCAUAUUCCUACAAUAUCUGAAUUAACACCCAAGAUUGGAAUUUCAAAAAUAUUUAGUUCAUUCUUUGGUAAAAAUGACAAUAGUGGUGAUAGUUCAGGAAGUGAUAAAGUUCAACCAUUUAAUCCUGAUAGUAUUGAACGUAAUCCAGUUAAAGGGAUUUAUUUAUAUGGAGAUGUUGGAUGUGGUAAAACAAUGUUGAUGGAUUUAUUUUAUGAUACAAUACCUAAUCAUUUAACUAAAACAAGAGUUCAUUUCCAUAAUUUUAUGCAAAAUUUACAUAAAAGAUCCCAUCAAUUAAAAAUUUCUAAUCAUAAACAAGAUUUUGAUGUUAUUCCUUUAUUAGCUGCUGAAAUUGCUAGUAAAUCUACUGUAUUAUGUUUUGAUGAAAUGCAAGUUCAUGAUGUUGCUGAUGCUAUGUUAUUAAGAAGAUUAUUAAUGAUUCUAUUAAUGAAACAUCAUAUUAUAUUAUUUGCUACUUCAAAUAGAGCCCCUGAUGAAUUAUAUUUAAAUGGGAUACAAAGAGCUAGUUUUAUUCCUUGUAUUCAAUUAAUUAAAGCUCAAUGUAAUGUGGUAUAUUUAUUAAGUGAUCGAGAUUAUAGAAAAAUCAAAAUGGCUAAACAAACCCCAACUGAAAUGGGAUCACCAUUUUAUUUUGGUAAAAUUGGAGAUGUUGAAGAACAAGAACAUAUUAAUAAAUGGUGGGAUUAUUUUGCUGGUGAACAAGAUGAAGAAAUACCAAUUGAAAAUUAUAAAAUAUCAGUUUGGGGAAGAGAAUUAAUUGUACCUAAAUCAAUUCCACCAAAAGUUGGACAAUUUACAUUUGAACAAAUUUGUGGACUGCCUAAAUCUGCUGGAGAUUAUUUAUCAUUAGCUCAAGAAAUGGAAGGUAUUAUAAUUACAAAUAUACCAUUUAUUGAAUCAAGAGAUGAAUUAAGACGUUUUAUUACUUUAAUUGAUGCAUUGUAUGAUUCUCAUAGAAGAUUAGCUAUUAGUUGUCAAUAUGAUUUUGAUCAUUUAGUUGGAAUUGAAAAAAGUUCAGAAGAAGGGUUUGCAUAUUCAAGAACAGUUAGCAGAUUAAGUCAAAUGAGUACACCUGAAUGGAUCGAACGUGGUGUAUAA